CGGGUACAUCGCAACGACUCAUUUCCAGCCGACGUUCGCUCGACAAGCGUUCCCAUGUUGGGACGAGCCCAUCUACAAGGCGAAAUUCAACAUCACUUUAAUACACGAGAAGAGACUGAAGGCGAUCUCUAAUAUGGAUGUACUAAAAACAGAAGAAAAAAGUGACAUGAUAAUCACUACAUUCAAAGAAACCCCACUCAUGUCUACUUAUUUGGUAGCAUUCACAAUAAGCGAUUAUCAAUUUAAGGAAGAUAAAGUCGGCAACUUCACCUAUAGGGUGUGGACGAAGGCGAGCGCGAUAAAACAGACUGAUUACGCUUUGAAAAUGGGUAGAAAGCUUCUAGAACAGCUGAAUUUGUACACGAAUAUUUCGUACCAGACAUACAUGCCAGACAAAAUAGAUCAAGUCUCGGUGCCGAAUUUAUUCGGAGUCCCUGCCAUGGAGAAUUGGGGCCUCGUAACUUACAGAGAAAGAUCUCUUCUGUAUGAUGAGGCUUUAAGCACAACCCAAAAGAAAAUGAACAUACUCAUGCUCAUCGCUCACAAGUUUACUCAACAAUGGUUCAGCAAUGUCGUUACCCCGAAAUGGUGGAAGUAUGAUUGGCUGAACAAGGGAUUCGCCAAAUAUUUCCAAUGCUUCAUUACUCACAAAGUAGCACCUGAAUUGCGAUUAAACGAUAUGUUCGUUGUGGAGAGCACGCAGAUGUCCGCGAUGGUCUUUGACGCGCUCUCGGGGAUGCGUGCCAUAAAUAUGGACGUUUAUAGCCCUGAAGAAAUCCUUAUGCUCUCUGAUAGCAUCGUCUACGAGAAAGCUGGAUCUGUUGUUCGAAUGAUAUCCCACGCCAUGACGGAAGAGGUUUUCCAUAAGGCAAUGAAACUCUAUCUAACAAACCACGCGUUAGGUAAUGUGGAUUCGAAUGACCUUUUCGGAUCCCUCCAGAAAGCUUUGGAUGAGAGUGGGAUUAAAUGGAAACAGCCCGUGCAAGUUAUAAUGCAUAACUGGGUGGAAUAUCCGGGAUAUCCAACGUUGACAGUUAAGAGAGUCGAUAGGGGCUACGAAUUGACACAGGAACGUUUUGUGAUCGAGCUGAUGAUGAAAGUCAAGGAGUACCCUACCAAGUGGUGGAUACCAAUCACUUAUGUCGAGGAAUCGAAUCCAGAUUUCAAUAACACGACUCCCAUCGAUUGGUUCUCUCCGGACGAUAAAUCACAUACCGUGCCAUCUAAGGAAAAAACAGGAUGGUUUGUUUUUAACACGCAGCAAACAGGUUACUAUCGCGUGAACUAUGAUGUAGAAAAUUGGCAAUUGUUGAUGAAAGAGCUGAACAAGGGGAGCGAUACUAAAAUACACGUGCUGAAUCGUGCGCAGAUAGUGGAUGACGCCUUUAGCUUAGCUCAUACUGGCAAUUUGAAUUAUACGGUCGCUUUAAACGUGACCCUCUACUUAACGCAGGAGACCGAUUUCAUGCCUUGGCAACCGGCAUUUAAGCAUUUAGGCUACCUGCGGAAUUUGUUACGCACCUCCGACAAAUAUUACACUUUCAAGCGUUACGUGGCAUACUUGUUGAGGGCUUUAACGAACGACGUGGGUUAUGAACCGAAGGCGAAUGAUAGCGAUCUCGUAAAAAUGCUCAGAGUAGACGCAAUGAGAUGGGCCUGCGAAGCUGGCGUCGAGCAGUGCACAUCCUAUGCUGAGAACACAUAUCUACAAUGGCUCAUUAAUCCUGUGAUGGAGGUGUCUCAGAACUCGUGGAAGGCGAGCGAGAGCGAGUGGACUGAUACUCUGGAGUACAUAAUUACAUCUAAGCUCGAUGAGGACGAUAAAAAGGAUCUACUGAUGGCCCUAGCCUGUUCCAAUUCCUCUGAGAUUCUGAUGACAUACUUAAACUCAACUCUCGAGCCAAGCUACCCGAUUGAUUUCAAGACCGGCGUGAAAAACGUGGUGUCCAAAUAUCCGGCUGGUGCCGAACUUGUUUCGAAGUUCCUGUUCAAAGAAAACAAACGCAUCAGGCAAAUGUAA